GGCCGCGAACAGGAACCCGGCAGCAGCGCGGGCGGAGCAGCGGGAGGCGGAACGCUCCUUCGGCGAGCGGGCGCCGGGAGGGGCUGCGAGGGGGAAGGCACCGGCGGCGGCUCCGCGAGGAGCGCACAUGGAGGCGAAAAACAGAGUGCAUGUUACAGCUGUGACAGCUUGACUUCUUGAAUAUGGAGAAGGAACAAACUUCAAAACGUUUGUACGUCGGAGGUCUUGGCCAUACAGUUUCUAAGGCUGAACUACAAGAAAGAUUUGGCAAGUUUGGACGUGUUUUGGAUGUAGAGAUUAUUACCAGAAAAGAUGACCAGGGGAACCCUACGAAAACUUUUGCUUACGUCACUGCCAACAUUUCUGAAACAGAUCUUAAAAAAUGCGUAUCAAUUUUAAAUAAAGCCAAAUGGAAAGGGCAGACGCUGCAAGUCGAGUUGGCCAAAGAAAGCUUUUUGCAUAGGCUUGCUAUGGAGAGAGAGGAAGCGAGGCUUCAGAAAGAAAAAACACAGAAAAAUGACAAAACCUCUCUGCUAGAAUCGCUGAAAAAGGCUGGAGUUGUAGACUUCCACAUGAAAGCAGUACCAGGUACAGAGGUGCCAGACCAUAAGAAUUGGGUUGUGGGUAAGUUUGGUAGAGUCCUACCCAUCCUUCACCUUAGGAGUCAACAAAAAAAUAAAAUUGUGAAAUAUGACCCAUCAAAAUACUGCCACAACCUUAGAAAGCUGGAGCAAGACUUGACGCAAGUAGUUCCUGUAUCCAAGCUUACUUGGCAUUUGGAAGAGAAAGAUGACAGCAUAAGCAAGAAGCGGCAAGGAGAAUUCCCUGUAACUAAGAAACAACCUAAAAAGCUGAGACAACUGGACAGUGAGGGUCUGAAUGGAUCAGCAGCGCUCCCUUCUGGGUGCUGGCCGCAUUCAAAAAACAUGAGCUCUUCACAGCUAGAUCAAAGAUCAAAAAACAAAUCCAAUGAGAGGUCUAAAUUGCUUCCAUCAAGCAAUCUUUAUAGGAGAACACCAGGGCAAGGCUCGUUAUCAGAUAAAACCAAUAUUUCUAGGAUUUCGUUUCAGAAUAAUAUAAUGCAUGUUUCUAAUGGUGACAUUGAUUCUGAGGAGGAAAUCAGCACGAUGGUAAAGAAAGAGAUGGAAAGACAGGAGGCAGACGUUGAGACUGAGAGUGACCACUUGGAAAUUGUUGGAGUUAAUUUUGAGUUAAAGUACAAUGCUCACUGGUCCUUAGGCAAUCUAGACACCACAAAGAAAGUUGUCAAAGGAAAUAAUAAAGAGAAAGAGACUGUGGAAUGUGAUAAUGGUUAUGAUUCAGCAGAUACAGAUGAGAUUAUUGCUGAGAGUAAAGGUCCAGAUCGAAGUAGCAUGAAAACUGCAUUUUUAGAAGACUCUAAACUGGAAGUGGUGGAAACGAAAGAAAUACUGACUAAUAAAAAAUGUGAUUUGGCAAAUGACUCCUCACUGAAAACCCACAGAACUGUAAGAGAAGGGAAAAUAAGAGAAGCUAAAAGUUCUGCCUUGCCGAGUACAGCAAAGACAAGCGACAGUGAAAGCUCUUAUUCAGAUGGUGAGGAAGGGGAGUCUGAAAUCAGUUCUGAUUACGAAUCCAUGAUGCAAAACUGUUACCGUCUAGACCUUACAUUAGAUGACCUAAAAGCAUUAGCUUCUGAGAACUCUGGGACAUCAGUCGAAGAAUUGGAUAGCACACAGAGUUCUAGUCAGUGCAGCAUGAAAGAAAAUGCUAAGGGCAAUGUCACACACAAAACAAAACUUUCUACAACUCCCCCUGCGGUUAAAAAGAAGUGCAUCUGUCCUGAAGAUAUAGUUGCUGCCAUUUUAGAAGGGGAGGAGAAUGCUGAUGAGGAAAGCUCCAAGAGACACAAUGGUUCAUGUUUGAAAUACCAGCCCUUCAGAGGAAUGGGGUCCCUUUUUGAAAAAGAGUUAACUAAGGACAGCGCUGGUUUAAAGAAGUCUUUAGAAAGUUUAGGUGUUGAAGAUUCAGUUCCUUAUUGUGGGGAGAAGCCCUCUGAAGGGCAAUCCAUGAACCAUCCUUUUUAUUCCCUUGAAGUCAGCAAGGAAAAUGAACAAAGUGAGCCUUGUGAACAGCACAAGUUGUCAGAUGCUGUCUCAUUAAUAGAUGAGAAUGAUCAGCCUGUUUGCAGGCCGCAUUUACAAGGAAAGAGGAAAAGGACAAAUUAUUUGCAAGAAGAACAAAACUUGGAGUGUGGAGAUGCUGCCCCUAGCACCAAUGACAGUGAAGGUGAGAGCAGUGACGUGGAUAGUAAUGCUGCAGUGUCACAGAAACACAUGAAACAACAAUUGAAAAGCUCGAAGCUGCUUUCAAACAAAAAAAAGAAGGUUGUAAGCAACACAAGUUCAGAAUGUGAAGUUAAGAAAUGUGAAAGUAAGAAGAUGAGUCUCCUGGAAAAUAAGGAGCUCCAUGGUACUGCUUCAAAGGAGUCUAAUACAAAAAAGAAACAAUUGCAGGAUAACCAGAGGAGGCUGGCAGCUCUAGAAGAGAGACAGAAAGAGAGAGAAUUACAGAAGAAAGUAAUUCAAGGAGCUCUUUCAAAUCUGGAUAGCCAGCCAGCAAGCAAGCGUAAACACAUCACAUUCGAUUCUGAUGUGGAAAGUGAAGCUGAAGUGGAUGAGAUGUUGAAGGAAGAUGAGAGCUUGGGAAAUGUGCAUGAAAAAGAGUCUGCUCCUAAAACUUCUGGAAAGCUCUUCGAAAGCAGCGAAGAUGAGCAAGAUGAUACAGAUGAUGAGAGAUUCAAAAUUAAACCCCAGUUUGAAGGCAAAGCUGGUGAAAAACUCUUGAAUUUGCAAUCACGGUUUGGCACAGAUGAAAGAUUUCGUAUGGAUGCUCGAUUCCUUGAAAGUGACAGUGAAGAAGAAGCAGAAACAAAUACAUUGAAGGCAGAUGAGGAAGAUGAACUUGCUGCAGAGAAAAAGAAAAAUCUGCAAAUACUGGGAAGCCUCUUGAAUAUCGACCUGGAACACACCAAACCAACUAAAAAUAAAAUGGCUACAAAUGCGAAGAAAUUCAAGGAUAUUAAUGCCCUCCGCUAUGACCCCACAAGGCAGGACCAUGCGGUUUUUGAAAGGAAACCCAAUGCUACAGAAAAAGAGAGUAAAGCUAAGAGAAAGAAGAAGAGGAAGGAGAGUGAGAAACUGCCUGAAGUGUCUAAAGAAAUCUAUUACAAUAUUGCUGUUGAUUUAAAACAGUUGUUUGGAUCUUCAAAGAGCAAACCAGAAAAACGAGAAGAAAUACCCUGGGACAAAGAUGAUGCAGAGGAAUCCACCCCACAUGACAAUCUGGGACCUGAUGUUGGGAGUAACACAGCUCAGAAUUGUGGUGGUUUCACGUUUUCUUUCUUUGGUGACGUGGAUCAGUCAAAUGUAAAAGAAGAGCCCUACGUACUCGAAACAAUAAAACCUGUAAAAGUCAGCUGGCAAGAAGAUCCACGUUUCCAAGACAGCAGCUCUGAGGAUGAUGAUGAACCAGAGGCAACAGAAAGUGAAAGGGACAAAGAAAUGUUUUCCUCUUUACCGCAGGCAGUAAGCGCUAGGCUUUUCUUCUUCUCCAAAGAUGAUGAACGAUUAAAAGAGGGCCCCAAGUUAUUCUGUAGAUCAAUUAACCUCAGUGAAGAAAAAGAUAGUUGGGAAGACAGACGUAGAUUAUUGCUUGAGGAAUGUCGGAAGAAACAUAAGGAUGCAAGAAGGAAAGUGAAAACAAAACAAUAAGUCCUUGUUUCAUGUUUCUUCUUUGAAAGAGACAUUUUUCUUCAACUUCUUCAGAAUUCUAGUGUUUCAAAGAUCUAACAAGAAACAAUACUGGAAAAGACUGUUAAACUUUGUUUCUAAAUAGCACAUAUUUAUUAUGUCAAUGUUUGUAACCAGUUGGGCGUGUUUUUGUCUAUACGGUUUAAAGGAGACUUGCUUCUUUGCGUAUUUUUGGGAAUUUGAUCAUUGAACAAAGAAAACAAUGGAUUAUUUUCUUGUGUUCUCAUGCCUCCUUGCUGUAUGCUGUUGAUGAAGAACAGGUAGUACCACAGCUUUAAGACUAUACAACCUGUAUUCAGCUGAAUGUAACAGAGAUCCUGAUUGAGACUCUUUUUACAAAUUCUUGGAAUGCUUCAUUUUCAGAGUCAAAGUUUACCAGAAGCUUAUGAAAAUAUGUAUAUAAGUGGGAAGACUUACAAAAUGGGUAGAUUUGUAUUUCUUCACAGAGCUGAUUUUUAUACUUUUUGAGUAUAUAUACAUAAAUAAAUCUUAAGGACAAAUGUUGCUGGUGUUGUAUGCUUGUUGAAUAUUUUACAUACAAGGAUGUAUUCUUCCGUCCAUUUAGCAUAUAUGCGGCAGACAUCAGAACACAAAGUGUCAUGAAAGUAUUGGCUCUUGGCUAAUUAACUUAGAGGCUACAGCAUGUUUCAGCAUGUAUGUGAUCUGCUUGGAGAAAGUCACUUGGUUUAAAGUGCUGUUCAUGGACUGGCCGAAGGAAAGGAUCAAUGAUGGAAGACUGAUCAGUCCUCUGUAGAAUGUAAGAAGGGUCAGUCCCCCUUAGAAUGGUGAACAAUAGCAGUGCUAGGGUUAAGAUCCCAAUCAGUUUAUUCUUUGUGGGGGUUAGAGGCAAAGAAAUAUAGCCAGUUAAGGCACUCAGAAAGCAUUCUCAGUUGUGCCUUAGGAUGCCUGAGCAGAAACAUCCUUACUUACAAAAGUAAGUCAGAACAAAGUAGUAUCUAAGAGCUGUGACAGACAGAAAAAGAGUAAUUUCCAGCCAAGGAAACACUGUGCACUGAAAGUGUUAUGGGAUAAAAUAUUAUGGGAUGUGUUUUCAAGGAUGUGUGAAAGGAGUAAGUGAGAAUGGUGGUCUACAGAUAAGGCUCAAGCGAGGUUCCAUGACUAGCAUUUAUUUGUAAAAUAAUCAACUAUUCCAUUUUUUAUUCCUGUAGUCCUUUUGGAUCUCAUGACAAAUAUGUAUGCACAAAGAAGUACAAAGUCUUGUUGAAAGACAGCCAAACUGUUUCUACUACUAGCAAAAAAAAAAAAAAAAAAAAGUUGGUUUUGUUGACAUUUACGCUGUUUUGGUAACAAACAGUUCAAGUAGACAUUUUGUUUCUGUUAAAUUUACUGUACAAUCUAACGGAUAUAAAUGCGCUCCUUUUCUAGUGCUCUUAGAAGCCAUCUCUCUCAAGGUGGGGAACACAGUAUCAGUAAACGGUAGUGCCAGAGACCUGGUCAUCACAAGGAAAUUGCUUUAAGCUCAUUUCUCAAGUAGAGACUGAGCUAUUUGUGAUUAAAAAGUUCUGUGAAAGGGAGUCUAUAACUGCAGUACGUACCUUUUGUAGUGGUUCCCACUGCCUCUAGUUCAUUUUCUUGCCUUGAUUUUUUUAAAACAGUUGUGCAAUGCUGCAGAGCAUGAUGCCAGAAUACUUGUUCAUAUAGGGUACAAGUUGUUGCAUACAUGAUCUUGGCUUGUAUCCCUGGUUGAAAACAGUCUGCUAGCAAUAAGCUUUAAGUAACAAUAGAAAUGCUUUUGUGACUGUGGUUUGAUAGGAUAUUGUACUUGACUAAAUCAUUUCUAGCGUGGGGCUUGUAGGACUUGACCCCCUUAUAAUGAAAGAUUGGUGCAACUUCUUGUAAAACCAACUGUUGCAACACUUAACCUUCAAACUGCCGGGAUUCAGCACUUAAAACAAGGUGUUUUUUUUUUAUCCUUGGGCUCUUCCUGAUCUGAGGAAUAAUCAGAUUGCUGUUUGCGAGGCCUCGCAUUAGAAAAUGAGGAGAAUAGCUGGCUUCCUCUGGGUUUAAAUAGCAAGUCAGUGACUAGGAAACACACUACUGAGCUAAGAAAACUGAAAGCAGUCUCAUCUUGAAAGACAAGUUAGAGGACAGAAGAUCAAAAAGCAAAUUCCAGAGUACUGAGUAAAUGGAGGAAAAAAAAUGUAUUUUUCCAAAGUCCCGUGUUCUGCAUGUGUUUUUGUUUGUUUUCUUGUUUUGUUUUGUAAUUUACUUCCCUAUGCCUUCUGAA